AUGGGUAUCGAAGACACGCCCCAGGUUCCGGCACUAACGCGCCUCGAAGCUGUGCGACUGUCAGCGCAACGUAAGUUAGUGCGUGACCCGGUCUGCAGCACUAAGGGUCGAGAGGACAAGUUCUGCUUGUGGCGAGGAAUGGAACGACGGGACCGGCAGUUGGAGGGCGUCUGCUCAGCUGCACGAUCAGAAGCCGACAACACGUCUUUCUCGACCUCAGACAUUGGCGACGCCGAUUCUGGCAACUCGUCCCGCGGUCAACCUACGUGUCCCAAGGACCAACUUCCGCACUGCGACGGUACGUUCCUGGACGCUGGUGUGAGACUUGUCAGGGACGAAGAUUGCCUCAACGGGCCCCAGAGGCUCGUGGCCGACGGCUUCCUUACGCAAGAAGAGUGUGCAACCUUGCUGAAGCUCAGCGAGACCGCCAUUAGCGGAAGCGGGUACGGCAAGCGCUUUCCGAAUACGAAGUAUGAAGACUUCAGUGGUGUCACGCUAAAGAAUCUGAAGCAGCAACUCGAGAAGUCGACCAUCGACGUCUCGGCCGCCAAGCUCGUGCUGCUGACUGCGGAGAGGUCUCGUCUCUACGUGGAAGCCUACUUCCGAUUGAAACGAAGGCUCCACGCGCAUUUCGUUCAUCUGGCCUGCAGAAAUGCCACCGAACGUUCCACCACGAAUAGAACCGACAUGAGUCACGUCAUUCAUUCGGACAACUGCCAGUUCCAGCAGAACGGCAGCUGCCCGGCGAUUCGAAAAGACCUUGUCGCCCGGGAAUUCAGCGCGGCCGUCUACUUGAACGACGACGUCCACGGAGGCGAGAUGGUGCUGGCGACGACUCCUCGAACCAGUAUUCGCGCUGUCAUACCCCCGAAGUGCGGCCGCAUAGUAGCCCUGAACAGCCGCAACCCUCACGGUGUGCUGCCCGUCUUCAGGGGGCGCCGCUGCGCUCUACUUACGUGGAUGACGUACCAGCGGGACGUAGAAGAUCCGGAUCUGUCGGAGUGUCGGAAGAUGCUGGGAUUCGAUGACGGAUACUCGCCCAACGUAGGCCAAUAUAAUGAUGCCUACAAGUCGGGAUGA